CCUGAGUCAGGUCUCACUCUCCUAAAAUGUAUAUCAGAUGCAGGAGCUGGGAAUAGAGCUCCUCACAGAGGCAACGUCUAUCACUUUUGCUAAUUAUUAAUAGAAAAUUACGUUCAAGAUGAAAGAGAUGAUCGAGAUUGUGGCACUUUUUCUAGGUUUUGCAGGCUGGAUAUUGAUUUUCAUAUCACUAGAAGAUCAGUAUUGGAAAGAAUCCACGACAGAGGGCAGCGUGAUUACAACCUCCACAAUCUACGAGAACCUCUGGAUGUCCUGUGCCAGCGAUUCAACGGGGAUCUAUAACUGUCGUGACUUUCCAUCCCUUUUUGCUCUGCCAGGCUACAUUCAGGCCUCCAGGGCGCUCAUGAUCGCCUCCAUCGUGUUUGGGACUUUCGGCAUCGUGGCCACGCUCGUGGGAAUGAAGUGCUCAAAGAUCGGAGGAGAAAACUACGUCCUGAAGGGAAGGAUCGCUGCGGUCGGAGGAGUGUUGUUUCUACUGCAGGGGAUCUGCACCAUGAUUGCGAUUUCUUGGUACGCAGCCAACAUCACACAGCAGUUCUUUGACGAUUUUUAUGCAGGGACGAAGUAUGAGAUUGGAGAGGGCUUGUACAUCGGCUGGUCUUCGGCCGUGCUCGCCCUCUGUGGAGGCGCAUGCCUGACGUGUGCUUGCAAACUGAACUCACCCCGUGAAAAAACCCCAUAUCCAUACCAGCCGCCCUCCAGAGGACACGUGAUGUCCACGGUAACGUCUCAGUCCGUCCCGAGCAACUACGGAAGAAAUGCGUAUGUGUGAGAGUGUGAGAGGGGAUUGAUCCUCGACGAGAGGGAAACAUUUACAAUGCAAAGAAACACACAGACUCAUGAUCACUGUGUGAUGUUUAGGAGCCGUGAUUUGGAUUUAUCGUCUUCAUCCAAUCUGAACUUUAGUGUCUUUGUAAUGUCUGUGUACUGAGCAGAAGAGAAACAGUUUUAACAGUUAAUCUCUGCUAUAAUUUAGAAUUAGAGGUCCAGAAUAUGAUGGGAAUCAAAAUCAAUAAUCUUUAAUUACUUUUCUUUAUUUCAAUGAUCGCUUGAUUGUAAGAAUUAAACGUUAAUUAACGACAUAAAGAAUCUGAUCUUCUUACCUCAACAUUACUCUAAAGGUUGUGAGAUGAAGUUUAUGACUUCUCACUGGGACGAGGACGAUCAGAAUAUUUAAUCCUCAAAUCAUUUUUUAAACAUUCAGGUUCAUAAAGUUUGUGAUAUAAAGUGUUUUAAUCGUUUAUUAUAAGCUUGUGUCGUCAAACCUGCCUCUGGUUUUCUGCUUCAGAAAGAUGAGAGUUAAAACUCCAUAAUCAGAAUAAUCUGACCACGUGGUGAAUAAUCCAAGAUGGAUUCAUGAGAAAUAUCUGUAGUCUGAUAAUCUGGUUGGUUUCAAUAAGGAGUGAAUCUGACUCUCAGCUCUGAAGCAGAAGACUCGAGUAUCAGGGUUGAAAUAAAAGUAAACAGUAGCUUUUGUAGGUCUUGUUGCAUUUUAAUCUUUUUUUAAAAUACGUGUGCACGUCUGUGUAUUUUAAACACAAUGUCAAACAGUUUUCUUCUGGGUGAUUUGAACUGUUCCUGUGAAUUUUAUUUCUAUGUUUUAUACACAAAUAAACGUCAUUUCUC